CUCUAAACCCUACCCACAGCCACCGCCGCCGCCGCCGCUCCCUGACCCCUAGUGUCCGGAUUUAACUUCAAACAUGGCGGACGUCGAUGUCGAGCCGGAGGUCGCCGCCGGUGCUCCCAAGAAGAGGACGUUCCGCAAGUACAGCUACCGCGGCGUCGACCUCGAUGCGCUGCUUGACAUGUCCACCGACGACCUCGUUCAGCUCUUCCCAGCGCGCGCCAGGAGAAGGUUCCAGAGGGGUUUGAAGAGGAAGCCCAUGGCGCUCAUCAAGAAGCUGCGCAAGGCGAAAAAGGAUGCUCCUGUCGGCGAGAAGCCAGAGCCAGUGAAGACCCAUCUCCGCAACAUGAUCAUUGUCCCCGAGAUGAUUGGGAGCAUUGUUGGUGUCUACAAUGGCAAGACCUUCAACCAGGUUGAGAUCAAGCCUGAGAUGAUUGGCCACUAUCUUGCAGAGUUCUCCAUUUCCUACAAGCCGGUCAAGCACGGGAGGCCCGGUAUUGGUGCCACUCACUCCUCGCGGUUUAUCCCUCUGAAAUGAGUUGUUACCCAGAUCUGUAGCGUCCCAAGGGUGUCCAGUGGCAUUGCCCUUUCAGCUUUGCUGCUUGUUUCGAACAAGUUACAUACCCAAGACAUUUUGUUCUGUUUCCAGCACUAGAUUUCAAAGCUAAGCAUUGCAUAACUAUGCUGUUUUGUUGGAAGUAUGUGAGUAUAAUCUUAUCUAAUAUGUGAUGUUACGUUCUUUGUUGUUUCCUUG